UUGUCUCGAAAGAGGCGAAGUGGUAGGAACCGGUGGCGAUGAGGAUCAUAGUUAGCAAAUCACUGUUAUCACAUUCUCCAGCACAAAAUAUGAAUUUGAAAGGGUAAGGACAUUAUUGGUUUUACAAUAUGUACACUAUUUGCAACCAAUGUUCGCGAAAUCUAGACAUCCAGAGCUUUGCUAGGCGUCACAUUGAGCUCUUUACGCUAUCCGGUUUGAACACCCGGUUACUGAACGUCUUGACCUCAAUUAUUUCUGGUACAUUUACACAGCAGUAGCUGACCAAUAGUAUUUGCAUUCCACUCAAAUUCGGAUAUAACAUGUAUUUGUAACAGGCGAAGCGGUAGAUAUGUGCCCAUAUUUGGCUUCGCUGUCCUCUCCGUCUACUCUUCCACCCGCACACCGGGUUGUGGCAUCUUCCUCUUGGCCGGUCGAGCACUUCAAUGUUAGCGUCUGUGGCACUAGUACUACCACCACCGAAUAAGUCGGUUCGUUUUUUUACAUUCACUUGCUUUUGGGUGAAGACUUUUGACUCUUUAGUCUCUUAACUUGUCAGCCCCACCCUCACAUUUUUCAAUCUGCUUUUCCGUUUUCUAUUGUAGCUAGUUUUCGAGCUGUCAGUGUCAAUGUAAGCGAGACAAAAGGGGGCUAAGGUUUGCAUAAACGUUCGUUUGGAAUAGAUCAACGGGCCUGGGGGAAAGGUUGGCCAGUGUCGCUCAACCUUCUGCCAACUUGAUUAAUAAAUCUAUAUAUUUUACUACUAAAGGCGGCCCACUGGCCCAGAGGUUGACUAGCCCACCGGGAAUUCUCCUGGGGCUCAGUCCGCUACUGCUUGGUACCUAGCUAGCUUCAUCUGGCUAGCGAGUCACGACCGGAUCGGGUUGUGAAGCUGGCCACAAUAAGGAUACGGCUCAAGUGGAAUUUGCUGUUUCCCUUCAAAAUAAAAGUAUUGUAACGACCCAGCGUUUACUAGCGCGGAUAUCGACUCAGCAGUAUGCUUUUGGGGCACAAUCGAUUGCGCGCUAGACUUCGAGCUAGAGGGUCGAGAGUUCGAGGCCUGCUCCCUGCCUGUUUCAUUACAGUAAGUAAUUGACAGUGAUGCAAAUAUUAGAAUUAUGCGACACUUAUUUUGAACGUUAACCGCACAGUCCACUAUUGUGUCUAAGCCUUAUUGUGGCUAGUUUCACAUAGAUGGGUCAGACACCCAUUAAUCAAAUAACUGUCUUGUAAAUUAGGGUUAUUUUAGAUGACACUUGGCUAACUAAAGCUACUGAAACAGAUGUAGUUUUGCUGUGUAUUUGGGGAAGAAUUUUUUUCUCAACACAUCCAUCAGUUUUCUAGCUUUUUCUUUGACGACAAGCACUGUCCAGAGCUUGGGGAAGGGCAGGUGCGCGAGACAACUUUACAAGCAUCAUAGCGUAUCGUUGUGAAAUGAAAUACGAGUGAUAAUUUACACUAAUUAACGUGUUAAAUUAUUAUGUGACGUGCAGUCAUAGUCAAGGUCCUGAUGAUUGGUUCUUUGGUCAACAAGUGUUAUUUGACACGCAAACGGAGUUCCAUAGAAGUCCUGUUUGAGGAUCAAACGACUCUACGAAACACCAAACCCUUUGGUGACUGAGACCAACCAACAACAGUGUGAAGGAGAGGAAUGAAGGCCUGAUCUUUGAGAUGACUGUCUACCCAAAGAAUUCGGUGCGGAUCUUAUCUGCCCGGGAGCGUGGGGCCCGUGGCCUUGGUUCCCAGCGCCUCCUGCAGCAGCUUGUUGAGGAGAAGACCCGGAGGAUGAAAUGGCAGAGUCAGAAAGUGGAGUUGCCGGACAGCCCUCGUUCUACCUUCCUGUUGGCUUUUAGCCCGGACAGGACCUUAAUUGCCUCCACUCAUGUCAACCACAACAUUUAUAUCACCGAGAUUAAGACAGGAAAGUGUGUUCACUCUCUGGUGGGCCAUCGCCGCACUCCUUGGUGUCUGACCUUUCACCCUACCAUCCCUGGUUUGGUGGCUUCGGGAUGUCUGGAUGGAGAGGUUCGCAUCUGGGACCUGCAUGGUGGCAGUGAGAGCUGGUUCACUGAGAGCAAUGUGGCCAUUGCCUCCCUGGCCUUUCACCCUACUGCCCAGCUCCUUCUCAUAGCAACAAACAAUGAGGUUCACUUCUGGGACUGGAGUAGGAGGGAGCCAUUUGCCCUGGUCAAGACUGCCAGUGAGACUGAGAGAGUCAGACUGGUGAGGUUUGACCCACUGGGUCAUUACCUGUUGACCGCUAUAGUGAAUCCCUCUAACCAACAGCAGAGUGAUGAUGACUCGGAGGUCCCCAUGGAUAGCGUGGAGAUGCCACACUUUCGCCAUCGAUCCUUCCUACAGUCCCAACCGGUCCGCCGUACACCCAUUCUCCACAACUUCCUGCACAUCCUGUCAUCGAGGAACUCUGGCUCACAGUCUGAGGAACAGCAUCCUCCUGCACCCGCUGCCAAUAGUGCUGCUGACUCCCCUAGUCUUCCCUCUGGACAUUAUUCUGCCCUGCGGAAUCGCUCCCGACCCCCCUACCAGGGUUGUGUGCAACACCUUGGUAUGGUUUGCUUCUGCAGUCGGUGCUCUGCCACCCGAGCCCCUUCACCAUCUGGAGAGGACCCCUCUGACCCUGAGAGCCUGGAGGCCCAGUCUCAUGCCUCCACCUUCUCCUCUGCUCGCACUGAGCCCCGGCAGCCCUCUGAGCCUCGCUCCUCACACCGUCCCUCUGCCUUCAACAGUGUGUACGGCAGUGCUAGAGGACACUCUUUACGCACUCCAUCUUCAGGCCCUGGCCAGCGCAGCAUCCCAGGCCUUAUAACCAACCAGGGCCACCAGCAGCCAGGCCUGGAGUGCUCUGGGCGACUGGCAGGAGCAGACUGGAUGGGCAGCAUGCUCAACAUGCGGCCUGAGCAUAGUGGGGGUGUUGGGGUAUCUCCACCCAGGACUAGUGCAUCCUCUGUCAACCUGCUGUCUGUGCUGAGGCAGCAGGAGGGCUCCUUUCAGUCGCCUGUCUACACCUCUACCACAGAGGGAGGAAGCUUGCCCCCAGCAGUAGUGAGCCCUCACACCAGUGGAAACAGCUCUGUAGAUGGACCCAGCACUAGUAGUGGACACCACUCUCUUGGGGAGGGAGGGAGCAACAGCCCCACCUCGAUCCGUAACGUGCUGCAGUGCAACUUGAAUCGCUACUUCAUGGAGUAUGAUCGCAUGCAGGAAAUGGAGCAGUCAGGUGGUACUGGUGGAGAGAUCAGCCAAGAGCAACAGACACGGGAGAUGCUCAAUAAUAACAUAGAGUGUGAGCGGCCUGUCACCCCCCAUUAUCAGCCCCCCAACAGCAGUGAUGGUGGUUCUGGUCCCUCCCGCGGCCAUAUGAACCGCUGCAGGGUCUGCCACAACCUGUUCACGUUUAACCAAGGUACACAGCGCUGGGAACGCACUGGCCAGACCCCAUCACAAGAGGAGGGGAGCACCUCAUGGCAGCCCCCAAGCCCCAACCCUGCCUUUCACACAAUGAGGCCGACGGUGCUACAUGUUCCCCAGUCCUCUGACAGGAGACAGUUAUUACAGUCACAGCCCAGUGCUGAUGAACCUGGAGGGGACACAGCCUUCACUCACCGGGGAUCCUCUAGCUCACAGAGAGAACAGGCGGUGGGGUUGGUAUAUAACCAGGAGACAGGCCAGUGGGAGAGAGUUUACCGACCGCCUGUCAGUCCAAGUCCAGCGGCGAAUGUACCACAAGAGGCCUUAAACCAAGAAAUGCCUGACGAAAAUCACGAUGAUGAUUACCUGAGAAGGAGGCUUUUGGAGUCAUCUCUUAUGUCGCAGUCUCGAUAUGACAUAUCUGGCUCCCGGGACCAUCCUAUUUAUCCAGAUCCUGCCAGGUUGUCCCCUGCGGCAUAUUAUGCCCAGCGGAUGAUUCAGUACUUAUCUCGGCGUGACAGCAUUCGCCAACGAUCACUGCGCUACCAGAGCCGACUGCGGCCUCUCUCAUCCACCUCGGAUAGCCCAGGAAGCAACCCCUCCCCCUCCGUUGAGAACAACGAGGUGGACUUUGAGGAGUUUGAGGAUAACGGGGAUCGUGCCAGACACAGAGCUCCACGCAACGCUCGUAUGUCUGCCCCCUCGCUUGGCAGAUUUGUUCCCCGGAGGUUCCUACUGCCUGAGUACCUGCCAUAUGCUGGGAUUUUCCACCACGAGAGGGGCCAGCCUGGCCUGGCUACCCAUUCCUCCGUCAACAGGGUCCUAGCAGGUGCGGUUAUCGGUGACGGUCAGUCAGCUGUGGCCAGUAACAUCGCCAACACCACCUACCGCCUCCAGUGGUGGGACUUCACCAAGUUUGACCUACCUGAAAUCAGCAACUCCUCUGUCAAUGUGCUGGUGCAGAACUGCAAGAUCUACAAUGACGCCAGCUGUGACAUCUCUGCAGACGGGCAGCUCCUGGCCGUGUUCAUACCCAGCAGCCAGCGGGGCUUCCCAGAUGAGGGCAUCCUGGCUAUCUACUCUCUGGCGCCUCACAACCUGGGAGAGAUGCUCUACUCCAAGAGAUUCGGUCCUAAUGCCAUCUCUGUCAGCCUGUCCCCGAUGGGCCACUACGUGAUGGUGGGCUUGGCCUCCCGCAGGAUCCUGCUCCAUCACACUACAGACCACAUGGUAGCGCAAGUGUUACGCCUGCAGCAGCCCCAUGGUGGAGAGACUUCCAUGAGGAGAAUGUUUGAUGUGGUGUACCCCAUGGCUUCUGAUCAGCGGAGACACGUCAGCAUCAACUCGGCCCGCUGGCUCCCAGAACCUGGCUUGGGGCUUGCAUACGGUACCAACAAGGGAGACCUAGUCAUCUGCAGACCUGUAGAUGCCCAGUCAGACGGAGACGGCCCCGCUGAGCACAGUGAGCCCAUAUUUGCUGUCAACAACAAUCGAGGCAGUGGUACCGGUGGGAGCCGCGAUGGAGAGCGACCAGGGAGCAGCAGGGCCCCCUUGAGGUCUGAAAGGGACAUGAGACUUAUGAACGCCAUCGGUCUCCAGCCCCGUCAUCCUACCCCCGUUGUGACCUCACAAGGCACACAGACACCCGUCCUACGUCUUCAGAAUGCCGAAACACAGACUGAUCAAGAGCCACAGGUUCCCAGUACCUCCCGGGCCUCCCAAGCAACAAACAUCGGUGGACACAUAAGGGACCUUCAUCCAGGCAGCAGCACAGAUAUGGUGCCUGAGACGCCCCCGCACACACUGCAGGAUGAUGGCGAGUCAGCCGAGGCCUUCACAGAGGCCAGCACCACCUUGGCUAACCCAGGGGAAUCUCAAGAGCAGGGCAGUGGGGAGGAUGCCGUUUCUCGGCUUCGAAGGCUGAUCGCCGAGGGUGGUAUGACGGCCGUGGUCCAGAGGGAGCAGAGCACCACCAUGGCCUCCAUGGGUAGCUUCGGUAACAACAUCAUUGUUAGCCACCGCAUCCACCGCGGCUCCCAGACUGGGACAGAGGCUCAGGAUGGGGGCAGAGACACUCAGGGCAGGGGUCAGGGUCUUGAUGGAGGUGGUUGGACAUCCUUCUCUCCGUCCCACCGCGGCACUCUGUCGUUCACAGAGCCCACCUCUCGUAUUCUGACCCACCACAGCAUGCAGCUGGGCGAGAGCUCAGGCUUCCUGUUAGAGCCCUCUGGGGCCCAUAGCCGAACAGUAGCACCUCUCCCCUCCCAGUACAUCACAGUCUCUUCUCAUCUCAGCCCUCAGGGGCCCAUUGGGGUGGAGGAGGGGGCCGAUGGGACCCCUAUGGACACAGACGAUGCGUUUGAGGGUGUGGGACUUGUCGAUGAUCUAGAUCUACACUUGCCCUCUGCUUCCUCCUCCUCUUCUUCAACCCUGUCCCCUGUUGUCUCCCCUCUUGACAACAACUUCAGCGCCAGUUACCAUGGAGACCCCUACAGUCGAUAGAUGGUCAUGUGCUUUCCAUACCCAUCUGAUCUCUACCUAGAAGACUCUCCUCCGUCUAGCCUUAUUACAUUGACUACUGGUUUUUCUGGAGGCUUUCGAAUCCCGACAUUGAAAUUAGGCACUUAAAACUUCAUCCCACUCCUCCAUUGCCUGUUCAGUUUUCUAUCCAAUAGUAGGCUGGAUGAGACCUACCUUCAACCUAGGAUUAGGCUCGGUCUCUUUCUUGGAUGUGGUGUUCCUUUGCGUUCCCUGACCACUUUCAGACUUGUUUGUCAUUGCCUAAUUGAGAGCAAGAAUCCAAAGCUACAGUUUGGCCAUUCCAUUGGAGAGAGGUGGACCUGAAUGAAUCUUUUACAAUCAGGGUUCAGAUCGGUGGUUGUCGAAUGCCACCUGGGACCAAAUUCCAUGAUCAAAUUGCAACGUUCUUGAAAACGUGUUAGGACUCUGCCCCUUGCUCACUAUUAGCAAGAUGCUGGUAUAGUAGAAGCACAUUUUAUUAACCAAUCACAUUGGUACAAUUUGAUUGUGAAACUGGAUGAUUCUGUCUAUAAGUUACAUUUAUUUUGUGUGUGAGAGAGGAUGUUCUAUGUCACCCGUGGUAGUUACAAAACGUUUCAUUCUAGUCGUCAUGGUGGAUUAGUGGUUUGCAAAGAUGUAGUUGACCCAAGAUAACUAUGAAUAUCUUGUACUACAUAGGAGAGCAGCAUUACAUUACAGAGUAGAAUUUAGGGAGACCACAUCCACAACAUGCUAUUCCAAAUAUGAGCGAUGUUCAUUAUUAUCGCCGUGCUCUGUUCAUGACAAAAUAAUUCCAGACGUAUUAUUUUUUUGCUUAUUUAUGAUAUCAUAAUCACCUUCUCAUUUAGACUUCUUUUGAAGACUUUGAUACUGCCUGACUGAUAAACUGCCCGGUUUUGAUUUGGAAAGUUCAAAUAGCGCACAAUGCCGUCAGGAGAACACCUAAUUGUUUUUUUGUUUUUUUUUAAUUACCCCUUUUUCUCCCCAAUUUCGUGGUAUCCAAUUGUUUUUAGUAGCUACUAUCUUGUCUCAUCGCUACAACUCCCGUACGGGCUCGGGAGAGACGAAGGUUGAAAGUCAUACGUCCUCCAAUACACAACCCAACCAAGCUGCACUGCUUCUUAGCACAGCGCGCAUCCAACCCGGAAUCCAUCCCCACCAAUUUGUCGGAGGAAACACCGUGCACCUGGCAACCUUGGUUAGGGCACACCGCGCCCGGCCAGCCACAGAAUUUGCUGGUGCGCGAUGAGACAAGGACAUCCCUACCGGCCAAGCCCUCCCUAACACGGACGACGCUAGGCCAAUUGUACGUCGCCCCACGGACCUCCCGGUCGCGGACGGUUACGACAGAGCCUG